UCAAAUUCCUCCGAUGGAAGAUAUUUCCAGUCCAUACUAUCUUCAUCCUAGCGACAAUCCGAGCUUGCAGCUGGUUCCUCAUGUCCUCACUGGCUCCAAUUACAUUAAUUGGAGCAGAUCAGUCAACACUGCACUUUUGGCGAAGAACAAGAUCGCUUUUGUCAAUGGCGUCCUUCAUCGGCCACACGAUGAUGAUCUGCUAUUUCCGGCGUGGUUGCGCUGCAACAGUAUGGUUGUAUCGUGGCUUCGCAAUUCUAUAUCUCCUCAGAUCUGCUCCAGCAUAAUGUACCUUGAAGAUGCUCAUGAGAUCUGGUCGGAUUUACGCAUCCGAUUCUCUCAGCUCGAUUCUGCUCGAGCUUAUCAAUUGAAGCAACGCAUCAUGUCUCUGAAUCAAGGAAAUGACGAUGUCAAUGCCUACUUCACAAAUCUUCGAAUCGUUUGGGAUGAAUUCAAGCACUCUCAACCGAUUGCUUGGUGCAUUUGUGCGAAUUGUAGAUGCAAUAGUGCCUCGAAGUGGCAUGAGUAUCAAGAGCAAGAGUGCACAAUGCAGUUUUUGAUCGGACUAAAUCCUGUCUUCUCUCAGAUCCGAUCCAACAUUCUCUCUAUGGUUCCGUUUCCUCCUCUAUCAAAAGUUUUCUCACUUGUUUUGCAGGAGGAAAGGCAACGAACUAUUGAUGGUUAUUCUCCAGUUAUAUCUCCCUCUAUGAGUGAGCAACCUUAUUCAGCUAAUGCUGCAACAUCUCAAUCUUACAAUAAGGGGAGACUUUGUUCACACUGUGGUAAGAGUAAUCACACGGUUGACAAAUGCUUUACUCUCCAUGGUUUUCCUCCAGGAUAUGGUAAGGGGAAGAACAAAUUUGGUGUUGGUGCUAAGGAGACUAAAUCUGUUAAUUUUGUGGAGGAUUGCAUUGAAGAUUCAUGUGAUAAAUCUGCUUUCUCUCCACCAAUGAGAAUGCCUUCUCAGGAGCAGUGUCAGCAGCUCAUAAAUAUGCUUCAGUCUCAACUUGCUGUUGCUGCCACUUUUGUUCCACCUACUCCCACUUCUGCUGCACCAAAUAUGCCUUCAUCCCCUCACAAUGUCCCUUUCACAGGGAGCUUCUCAGGAAAUUGUGAUUGGGAGGGGUAGCAGAUUGGGAAAUUUGUACACUCUUGAUAUCUCUUCUCAUUCCAAGAAAUUUGAAGGUUCUGUCAUUCCUUCAUCUUUUACUUCAUAUUUUGAUGUUUCUUAUGCCAAUUCUGUUGCUAGCAUAGAUGUUUGGCAUAGAAGGUUGGGACAUGUGUCCUUUGGAAAACUAAAAUCUAUGUCUGAUGUUCUUAAUUUUCUCAAUAAAGCUCCUUCAUUAU